CUGUUGCGAAUGCAACGAUCAGCUGUUCCAGUAACAAAUCUCCGAUUUCACAUUUGUUUAACAUCUGAUUGUUUUUCGGGUUUUCUUUUAAAAAUUGCAGUCAAGUUUCUUUAAAAAUUAUAACAAAAAAAUUAAACCACCAGCGCCAUGUCGGAUAAUGAAUAUGAACGCUUUGAAAUAACAGAUUACGAUUUGGACAAUGAGUUCAAUCCCGGUCGCCGGCGGAAUCUGUCGAAAAAUCAACAAAUUUAUGGCAUUUGGGCCGAUGACAGUGACAAUGAUAGCGCAGAAGAGUCCAGUCGUCGUGGACGACGUGGCCGUGCCGGUCUUGGUGGCGGCGGUGGUGGUAGCAAAUCAAAAGAUUACACCGCACCAGUUAGUUUUGUCGCAGGUGGCAUACAACAAGCGGGCAAGAAAAAUAAAAAAGCUGAGAAAGAUACUGCUGAACAGCAAAUAACCGAUGAGGAAAGUGAUGAAGCAAAUGCGCGUCCCUCUUUCGGACGCAAACCAAAACAAGUGGAGGCUGCUGAUGGUGAUACCAGUGAUUCAGCAACCACUUCGGAUGAUGAUGAACGCUCACAAAAGCAGCGCGCUGAAAUUGGCAGACAACAGCGUAGUAAUAAUGCGCGGCAAAUGGGAAAUCCAAAUGUUGGCGCUUGGGAACAGCAUACACGCGGUAUUGGCGCUAAAUUGCUGCUGCAAAUGGGUUAUAAACCAGGUAAAGGUUUGGGUAAAGAUCUGCAGGGUAUAUCACAACCGGUGCAGGCACAUGUGCGUAAGGGACGUGGUGCAAUCGGCGCGUACGGACCAGAGGCGGCAGCCAGUGUGGGUGGUAAAGGGCCUGUGGUAAAGGAGGAUGAAGACGUGCGUGAAGCAAAAGAGUUCAAAGAGAAGCUUAAUAAAUGGAAGAAGAGCGGUGACACGCGUCAAGACAAGAGCAAGCGUUAUUAUUAUCGCUCCGUUGAAGAGGUGAUUGAAAAGGGCAAAAAGGGUAAUUUCAUGUUAUCAGAAAAAAUAAGCAAAAAGAUUGGCAAUGUUCCCGUCAUCGACAUGACUGGACCUGAGAAGCGUGUGCUGAGCGGCUAUCAUGCGCUGGGACAAGCAAAAGUUGCCGAAGAAGAACUCUACGACCUAGAACAAGCUGUGGCUAGCAGUAGCAUUACCGCCAAGAAAGGCAGCACAUUUGCCUUGCCCGAAUUGAUGCACAAUCUACAGCUGAUCGUGAAUAUGUGUGAACAGGAUAUAAUUUCGCUCGAUAAGGCAGAACGUGAGGCCACUGAUCGGCAGGAAGCACUAGAGCAUGAGCGCAAAAAUCUUGAAGAAAUCGUACACCUGGAAAAAAAUCACAUAGACACGCUCGAACAAGCGCUAAAACUUGUCGAAGAACUAACAAGCUGCAAUGAUAUGACACUACAGCGCGCAGAGCAAAUUUUCGUCACGCUACAGCACGACUACGCUGCCGAGUACAAAGAGUUCGCUUUAGGCGAUUUAGCAGCAGGGGUUAUUGCGCCACUCGUGAAGAUUACGCUGGAGAAUUGGAAGCCCAUCGAGCAGCCCACACAACAUGUGGAACUCAUUAAAAAGUGGCGUGGCAUACUGGAGUCGAAUGCUGAACCACAAAAUGAGUCGCGUAACAUUUUCGAUCCGUACUCAUCACUCGUCUGGGCUGGCGUUAUACCGAGUUUCCGCGCAUGCGCCGCCUCCUGGAAUCCAAAAUUGCAUCAACCCAUGGCUGCGCUACUCGACUGUUGGGCACCCCUAUUUCCCACAUGGGUACUCGAUUCCGUGCUCGAGCAGUUGGUGUUGCCGCAACUCAGUAACGGCGUACGCGAUUGGGAUCCACUCACCGAUACCGUCCCCAUACACAUUUGGAUACUACCCUGGAACAAUAUACUCGGCCAUAAAAUGGAGGAAUUCAUAUUUCCAACCAUACGCGAAAAAUUGGCCGCCGCUCUGCAAGCGUGGAUGCCACAAGAUCGUUCCGCACGCGCCAUGCUCACACCAUGGAAGGGCGCUUUCAACGACGUCGAAAUGCAACGCUUUCUCUCGCAACACAUUAUACCCAAACUGCAAUUGGUACUCAACGAGUUCAUUAUAAAUCCGCUGCAACAACAGCUGGAACUCUGGAAUCAAGUAUGGGAGUGGCAUGAACUUGUGCCCACGCCACAAAUGGCGCAAUUACUCGAUAAAUAUUUCUUUCCGAAAUGGAUGCAAGUGUUGGUGUUGUGGCUAAAUCAAUCGCCCGACUUUGCGGAAAUCUCACGCUGGUACACCGGCUGGAAGAGUAUGUUCUCCGAGGAGAUCUUACGUGAACCCGCCAUCAAGGAACAUUUGCGUCGCGCGCUUGAAAUGAUGCAUCGCGCUACCGACGUUCUAGCCCCGCCCACACUGUCGUCCAUACCAACACCCAUAUUGACGUCGACGCCACCGCCGCCACCACCACCCACAAUGUUGGAUAUGCAGAUGGUGCCGCCGGCGCAAUUGGAGUUCAAAGAGUUGGUCUCACAGAAGUGCGCCGAACGCGGCAUACUCUUUGCGCCGCUGCCAGGUCGUCGGGAGUUGGGCAAGCAGGUUUACCGUGUGGGCAAGCUGUACUGUUACAUAGAUCGCAAUGUUUGUAUGCUCAGCGAUGCCAGCAUGAAAAACUGGCUGCCCACAUCUGUGCAGCAGCUGUUAGAUCAUGCACUGUCUGCUUAGUAGGCGAUCUUAGCGCGCCAAAAAUAUCAAUUAAUCGUAAUUUUAGACUUUACUCAUACUUUAUUUAAUAAAUAAUUUGGCUAUAAUCGAGAAUUUACGAAAAUAA